AGUACCGUUUUAUUGAAUCUUGAUUUUGACGUUGUUGAAAAAUAUUUCAUCCCGUUUAAAUACAUUGCAACAAUCUAAAUUGUUUUUAAUUAUGACCAAAGAGAAAGAUUUGGAGGUAUUUGAUAACAACGAAAUGCAGAAUUGCCAGGAACCAAGAUAUGUCUUUUCGGAACAUUUAUCAUUAGGAAUAAGCAAAGGAACACAAUCAGAACCGAAUUCUCGGACAUGUUCUUUAAAGAAAAAACGAAGGCAUACAAACGAUUUUCUAAGAAAGGAUUUACACAGGAACAGUAUACAUUUAUCUCCGGUCACAAUAUCCAGAUCGUCUAGUGACCUGAUUGUAAAUGAAAUAAAAAAACAAUUCAAACGAGUACGGUCUUUUAAACUUACAUCGGAUGGACUUUUAAAUAAUAGUCUUCGAUGUCGUCGAAGAAAAAGCAGUGGUUCAUCAGCAUCAUCUCACUAUAGGUCUAGACUUACAAGUGACACAUCAACUGAAAGUUCUACUACUUGGAGUUGCUCAUCAUCUUGCUCAACUGGAUACUACAGGGUACAAAUUAUGGGUGCUCAUGGUGUUGGUAAAACUGCAUUGGAAAAUCGCUUCAUGAGCUCAGAGUACAUGUCGUCUUCGGAAGUUAUAAUCGAUGAAUUUGACGAAAACACGCUCACUGUUGUAGUGGACAAUGAGGAAUCUACAAUGGAAUUCAUAGAUUUUUCAUCAAUUGAGAAUGAUGAUCUACCAGCUGAUGCAUAUGUUGUUGUGUUCUCUGUCCACGAUAGCGAUUCGUUUACAAUAGCAGAGGGAUUUUUACAUUAUCUGCGCAACGAACUUGAUAGUGAUAGACCAAUUAUACUAGUUGCAAACAAAAUUGAUCUAGUCAGAAAACGACAAAUAACCAAAGAAGAAGCACGUCAACUCGCCAAAGAAUUUGAAUGCAAAUACAUAGAAACAUCUGCUGUGUUAAAUCACAAAGUUGACGAACUAUUAGUAGGAAUAUUGAAACAAAUACAGCUGAAGCUUAACCCAGAUGCCAUUGAAAAAGCAGUGAUGCUGUCACAGGACAAAGUGAAAAAGCAUUCAUCAUGUAAGGGACCAAAAAAACUUCUCAAUAAACUCUUUAGAAGAAACUCUAAACCUUUAUCGCGGUGUGAAAAUUUGUUUGAUCUGUGAUGUUUGAUAUAAUGAAUGCGU